CCGGCCACAGAGCUGCGCACACGCACUAAGCCUCGAGGCCAGUUACUACGCGCGCGUGUGUGUGUGUCAGUGUGAGUGUGAGUGUGAGUAGUGUCAGCAUGGCGCAUAUCCUCGCGCUGCUACUGCUCGCGAGUGUCGGCGCCGGUGUGAGGGCGGAGGAGGCGCGGCCGCGGCGCACGCGCACUGCUGCCGAGCCCGCUGACCGGUGGCGCAGCUUAUUAGCUGAGUACUCGCGCGGCGCCGCCGGCUCCUGGUUCCCGCCCGCCAUCCCCGUGCAGGUGCCGCUCCAAGGUGACAGCAGCGGCCGUGCGUCCCUGUCGGUGCUGGUGGUGCCGGUGCCGUUCCCCGUGGCCGGCCCCGCGCCCCGAGCCGACGCCACCCAAUGCGCAGUCCCAGCCUCGAACCGCGCAAUCGGCGAAAUCGCUCCGCCUGCCUCCGAAGAGGGUUUAAGCCAAACCUCUUUGUAUAACAAAAUCCCAUCGUACAACGAGAUCCCCACACUCCCUCCAUUCACCAGCUCAGUGCCAGCGCGGCCGCCCCCCACCCCGUACGGCCCGCCCGACCUGUCCCCUCCACAGGACAUCGUACACCUCGAGCUGAACGGCGCGCCACCUCCACCUUCACCGCCGCCACUGCGACCCUCGCUCGACCUCCGGCUCGCUAGGAAUGCGCCAUACUUCCCGCCAGUCGCGAACUCGCGGGUGUUAGUUGAACAGUUCCGCGCUCAGAUCGGAGAAGAGCCGAUGUUACCCCCCGUCGUGAUCGACCCUGUGGCCACCGUCAGCACCGACGACUACACUGUGGAAGAAUUGGAAGAGGCCAAGUUUACCAGCCAGGCAGCGCACUCGGCACACGACGCGUCUUCGGGAGCAGCCGGCGACGUGGCGGCGGGAGGCGGCGGCGAGCUGCGAGCCGGCCUGCGCCGCCGGCUGCGCUGCACGCGGCGACGCUCCGUGGCCCACGAUGAAGGGGGCGCGGGGGGCGCGGGGGGCGCGGACGAGGUGCAGGCGCCCCCGCCCCCGCCCCCGCCGCGCUUCGAGCGCUCGCUGUACAUGCGCGCGCGACUCACGGUGCCGCGCGCCGACUACACCGAGCCUUACUCAAUCUGGUGGGACGCGGCGAGCGGCGCGGCGCGCGUGGACUACCACGGCGGCACCACCUCCUCGUACCGCACCAUGCGCCGCGACGGACGCGCGCAGAGUGUCAUGAUCCAUGUCGACCGAUCGGGCGAAUCUGAUGUGCGUCGCUGCACCGUGAUGCCGCCGCGCCGCGUGUCGCUGGCGGAGCGUGCGCUGCCCGCGCUGCCUGACCUGCAGGCUUUCUCCUUCGCGGGGCGCGACGUGCACGGCAACGAGGUGUGGCGCCACACACUGUCGGGGCACAGCGGGGAGCUGGGCGGCGCGCGGGGGGAGGCGCUCACCUUCCGCCACGAGCUGCUGCUGGCGCGCUCCGCCGACAACUACACCACCACGCCGCUGCGGUAUUCCGUGCGAGUGGACAGCUCGGUGCUGGGUCCGGACUGCGACGGGUACAUACACCAGUUCGAUGAAGUCCAAAUACAACAUCACGAUCCUUCUAUGUUCCAUCUUGACAUCGCCGACGCAUGUGAACAAGUCGAAAUCACAGAUAAAAUGGAGAACGUGGAGCCGCUGCGGGAGUUCACAUCGCUGUCCCGGGUGCCGCGCCAUGAUGCCAACAUCCAACAGUACAAGAGGUUGUUUCAACGCACGUACGCUGAUGAUGUGGAGCUGGCAGUGCGCAAGAAUAUACUGAUGCAGAGCUCCCGACACGCAGCAUCCGGCAAUCGACAAGGGGCUUCCUUCCAACUGGAAGUCAACUUUCUGUCAGAUCGGCUGCAGAUGGAGCGGCGCGUCCUGUUGGGGGUGGAGCCUGACCCCUCCGCCGACCCCGGCCUGCCCUUCCCGCACGAGCGCCCCGAGCUGGACGCGCUACGAGGCCGUCUGCCGCGCAAGUUCGACUGGCGCGAGCGCGGUGCCGUCACCCACGUGCGCAAUCAAGGGCUGUGCAGCUCCUGCUGGGCUCACGCGACCGUUGGCGCAGUAGAGGGCGCUUUGUUCGUGCAGACCGGCCGCCUCGUGCCACUCAGCGAGCAAGCGCUCGUGGACUGCGCCCAGCCGUAUGGUGGCAACGGGUGCAAGGGCACGUGGCCGAGUGCCGCCUACAACUAUAUGAAGAACGAAGGCGUACCUGCACUCGAAGAAUACAGUUACAAAGCUGAAGUGCAGCAAUGCCGCGCUAACAGUGUGCCGCCCGUUACUCGCAUUAGCGGCCAUCUCAACGUCACAAAGAACAAUAUUGUGGCACUGAAGGUGGCGAUCAGGAAAUACGGGCCCACGGUAGUCAUCAUCGAUGGCGAGACAGCCUCCCUAGCCAGUUACAAGAGUGGCUAUUACUCCGAUGGCCGAUGUCGAAAAGGAAAACUGAACCACGCCGUGCUAGCGGUCGGCUGGACAGUGUACCGCGGGGAGACUUACUUCAUCUUGAAGAACUCGUGGUCGACGGUGUGGGGCGAGGAGGGCUACGUGCGCAUGCGCGGCUCGACGAACACGUGCGGCGUGCUGCAGCGCGCGUCGCUGCCCGUGCUGCGCGCCGCCGACGUGCUGCGCGUGCCCGCCGCCGCGCCCGCCGCCGCCAGCGCGCCCGGACUCUGACGCCGGCCUUCUUUACUUCAGCCUCUUAGUCAUUAAACGUUAAGGACAUAAUUUCAUACGUCUGUCUUAU